AUGACUUAUGCCAGAUUGAGUAAAUAUGAAGAAUCUGUUAUCAAGGAGAAAUCAAAAGUAAAAUGGAUGGAGGCUGGGAAUUCUAAUACAAAUUUUUUCUAUAAUUCUCUCAAAGAAAGAAGAUCUAGGAAUAAUAUUCUGGUGCUGAAUUCUAGAGAGAAUGUUAGAUUGGAAGAGGAUAGGGAGAUUGGAGCUGAGUGUGUGGAAUUCUACAAGACUUUAUUUGGGAUUCCUUCUAACAAUAAGGGUGCUUCAGCUGUUAUUGAUGGGUUGCAGUUUGAUAAACUUGUUUCUUUAGAGGAUUCUGAAAAGCUAUUAUUACCUGUUACAAGAGAUGAAGUUAUUGAAGAUCUGGCAUCUAUUCAUUCCUCUAAAGCUCAUGGACCUGAUGGGUUCAAAUUUGCUUUUUCAAAAGCACUUAGGCCGUCACUGGGGAUGAUUUUGUUUAGUGAGCUCAAAUCAGUCAGCUUUUAUCUCUGGAGGUCUAUUCAAGACAAUAUUCUUCUUGCCCAUGAGAUUGUUAGAAAUUAUCACAAGUCCAUUAGCAGUCCUAGAUGUGCUCUCAAAAUUGAUCUUCACAAGGCUUUUGACUCUGUUAGCUGGGGAGCAAUUGUUGCAGUCAUGAAGAAGUUUGGUUUACCCAAGAAAUUAAUUGAUUGGAUUUAUAUAUGUAUUUCCACAGCUAAGUUCUCUGUUAUGAUCAAUGGAUCACCAUAUGGUUAUUUUGGAGCUGAAAGGGGUCUGAGACAGGGGUGUCCACUAUCCCCUUAUCUAUUUGUUAUGGUCAUGGAGGUUUUUAGUGGGCUUCUACAACAACAAGUCUCUUCUGGAAAUUAUGGUCUUCAUCCAAAGUGCAGAGCCACAAAUUUGACCUAUCUCUGCUUUGCAGAUGAUGUCUUGGUCUUUUUCAAGGGAAAUGUGCAGUCUGCUCAAGUGCUUGCUCGGGUGAUGACAGAUUUUAGUAACUUCUCUGGGUUAAGUGUCAAUUGUGACAAAACUUCUUUAUUUUCUUCAGCUGUAAAUCCAAAUGAUCUUGAGGUUAUUUUGACUUGUUUGAAGUGA